CUCCAUAGUCCAUAAGGAAUUUUUUUCCAUUGAAUUAUAGAAAUCUUACACAUGUUGCUAUGUUUUUCUGUUGAUAUUCUCUUAUUUUACACCCCCAAUAGCUAAAAUAUUGUGUAGUAUUGGCAUUUUUAGUCUUUGUUAGCUUAUGGUCCUGAAGGGGUUCAAUUGUUUUUUUUUGUGCUACAACGAAAUGCCAAUGAAUACCGCAAACGCAGUUUUUUUCAAUGUUUCGGAACUAAAAAAAAAUAAAUGUAAGAUUUUUUUUUUAAAGAAUUGUUCUUACUCUUGAAUGCCUGUACUCUUUCUAAUGUAUACGGCCUUUCUCAAAAUCGAUUUAAAGGUCUCUUUUAACAUGAAAAUAAAAUAAUAAUAAAACAUGCAUAUUAAUUUCCUAUUAAGAUGCAAAUGAAAAUAUAUUAAAUAUGAUGUAAACACAAAAAUACAAAAUUUAAUGGUUGAUUAUCCAAUGCAAAUAUUAACAGUUAAUAAAAGCUCUUAAACUAUCAUUCUUCAUCUCAAUUAGCACGAAUGUUUCUACGAACUCUACUUCAGACAGUCAACCUUUCACGUAUGAUCGAUGGGGUCAAGUUUUGUUUUAUCGCACAUUUACUUUUCGCCCCAUUUCGUAUCGCCUUCCACCAUACGAAUCUUUAUCGAAUUUUUCUUUCGUUGCACCACCGGCGUUUCAUCCCAUCCAUGCCCAGGUAAGGGUAAUAAAUCCCAUUCAAGAAUAUUUAGCAGUGUAAUUGUCGUGACCGUUUUAGUACAGGACCGAAACCCGAACCCAUAGUACCGUACCCGAUGCACGCGGGUGAAAUUUUCCGUGGUCUGUUAGUCUGUGAAAACCAUCCGUCUGUCUCGCUCUUUACACGCAAAAGCUUUCAAUUUCCCCAGCCUGUGGUUGUGGGGAAAAGUUGAAACCGAACCGAGUGUUCGGUGUUCGUUCUGCUAAAAGCACAAGAAAAGCUUCAACCAUGAUGCUUCGUGCCGUGAUCGGUUAAUGUUCGGGAAAUUGUUUUGGUUUCCUGCGUCUUCUCACCAACCCGCUGGCAUGGGGUUUCCCCUUGAUGGAUUCAGUACGUAAAACCAGCAUCAAGCCAAAAGCCCUCGAAGGCAAACACAAACGAUACCCGAACGUUUGUUUUGGUGCGAUCGAAAGCCGACGGGAAGCAGAACCGGAAUAAGAGAGUGUGUGUGUGUACGGUUUGAAGGUAGGAAUACUACCCGAAGGAACUGGCCCGGUACCACGUAAUCCAACAGCCAUCGGUUUGGAGUCAGUUGCGAAAGGACCGUUCUAAGUGACGUGAGCCGAAAAAAGUGCCAGUCCGUUCUAUCGUUCUAGCGUGUGCGUGGCAAAGUUUUUUUUGCAAAUUGCUUCGUCCACCAUUUUUUAACCCAACUGGUAUCUCGUUUGCUCUUGGCUUCGUCCGUUUGAAAUCAGCUUCAGCUUUGCUUCAAUACAUCGUGGUGCAUUUUGCAUUGCGAAUGCAUCGUACCGUACACAUACACACACCUAGCGAGGAGGAUGGGAUGGGAAAGUGCAAGUGCAGUGUGUUCGUGCAGUGGGCCUGGUGGUUUUCGCUUGGCUGAAAUGGAAUUCGUUGCCAAGUGGAUCGUACGUGCAGUUGCGAUAUAAUUACUAUACAAGCCGAACCGCAGUGAAGCAAAAUGGUGGUGAUGGAAAUAGGGGCAUUCGGUGAUUCUGGCCGUGCAGGCCAGAUACACAACCAAAUAAUAUUAUAAUGUUUGUUUGCUUUUGCUACGAUUGAUUUUCGACGGUGUGAAUUACUGUAAUGGAUAGUGUAGUGAAAAGGGGCAGAAAUUUAUUAACGCAAUGAAAUUAAACACAUCGCUUCGUCGCUCACCAGGAAAGCAGUAACGAAACGAGGGAACAAACGUUAACAAGAGACUAAUGAUAUCAUUUGUUGUCAAUUAUACCUUCUGUUAUUAAUAAAUGGCGUGAUAUUUCCGUAAAGUAUCUGAACAAGAAAUAGCAUAGUUCCAAUAUCAUCGUUACAACUUUACUACCAAACAGUUCGUUGAACGAAUUCUUUUAGGUUUUGCCCAAGUCUCGGGCAAUAUACAGACGAAAAGUAGAACACCACGAAGGUCUAAAGCCAAGCCCCCAACAUUAAAUCCAUAAAAAAAAACUUCUCCAUGACUCACACACAUAGGAAUACAUCGUUCAAUUUGGUGUUGUUCGAGAAUAAUUUCGCGUGCCGAAUAGUGCUGCGUGGCUCUACCAAGUCGUUGCGAUAUGUCUUUUCGCACGCAAAACACCUUUCCCCACCAACAACCAACGGGGUGGUUUAUCGAAAAGGCGGCGAAUUCGAAAUACGAAACGUCCUUCCACCUUCUGCAUCGCCCCAGGAAAGCUGUCUUCAUGCUGCCAACUUUUGGAGCGACAGCGUUCGACGAACGUUUGAUGCGUCCUGGAAGUGCAUUUGCUAUCUCCUUAGGGACGCUCAAUGAUGAUUGAGUUGUCCUUCAGUUCCGUAGUAAUGCAAUUUCAUUCUGCUACAUAGUGUGCGCACGUGUGUGGGUGAGUGUGCUUCAGCAAGAACACGGCACGAAGUGUGAAGAAUAAAUUACUCAACGCACUUUCGCUCGCAACGCUCCUGGAGCCGGGCGUUUGAUUGGGAGGAAUUUUAAUUGCAUUCUUGAGGGAUUGCAUCGGUGCGAGAUUAGAUCGAUACAAGGACGAUGUGAUCGUGCAAUGUUCCGCGUGAAACCUGAUGCCAUGCAAAUACAGCGCGCGUAUGUCUCUGCAAACACAGCUGCCACGAUGGGACAGGAAUUCGCUGUUGCGUUCCGUUUUUGUAACGCCACUCGGUUUGACACUUCGGUGCGUUCAGACUUUUCGGGUGCUGCUUCUUCCAAGGACGUACGCUUCGCAGGUACGUUCGCGAAAACGUGCAGCCUUUAGCCGUAGGCACCAAAGGCGAGCGUUUCGUGCUCGUCGAAGAUAAUUAGUUUAUUAUUCUAAUUUGAACUUUUCGAGGCUGGCCAAACAGGCGACGCGCGCGCCAAACUGUGGCAGCUAGCAGUAAAUAAGACGAAACAGAAAAUGAAGGACAUGGCCAUGCCGGGAGCAUUGGCAGCUACGUUCUACGUUUUGGGGUGGCUUAUUUAAAGUCGAGCUAGUGUUUUUUUUUCUUCUCUUUUACCGCUACAAAAUCACGGCAACAAGCAUCAGAAAUCAUGAAAAUUGAGUUAAAAGGAAAAUACUUUUUAGGACAGAAAGGAAAAAAGAAACACAAACUUUUCUGCCGUUUGCCUGCUGCGAACGUAAAGCAGCGCACCCCGCGAAACAAGGAAAUCGUUUUCUGUUUUUCAGAAAAAUUUCCCUCAUUAAAUCAGCGUCAUCUAGUUUGUGAUGUUUCGGUUCUGUUUCUCUCUCUCUCUCUCUCUCUCUCUCUCUCUCUCGCGUCUAGUUUUUGUGUUUAAUUUCUUCUACGUAACGUGUUUCUGUCGUCCGUAAACUAAUUGAGUGUCAACGGGAGUAGUGUUGAACAGUGUCGGGUGUCAACGAUCAAACGACAUUCGCGUUUUGGUUGUUUGUGUUUUGUCCAAAAAAGUUUCUCUCCAUUUCUGCCGAACGAUGUACGACGCGACGGAUUGAUGGUUAACUCAUUUUUGAUUUACGUACCGUCGUUUGUGUAGAACGCGGGCUCGCACCCGUGUGGGAAAUCGGAGAUCAAUCGAGUCAAUCGUCGAAUUAGUGCACUGCUUCUUGUCCGUAGCAACCGAAUGCAAAUCGCCUGGCAUCGAUAGCGGACCGGACGACGAUCGGUACGAAACGGUUUCCAUUUCCCGGAGGCGUUUUUCUCUUUCAUUCUUUCGUUGCAUGACGUGAAAAUUACAUUCGUUUGUCCGUCAGUCAUACAACUGCACUGUCCGGGGUUUUGCUGAUGAAGGAAUCGAUUAAACCAUGCGAUCGGUUGUGAAAGUUUCGCUGAGAGCAGCGUGCAUGAAUUUGCAUCAAAGUGUUGCAAAUCAGAAGAUAAGAAAAAAAAAAUCUGUGUCAUCGGUGAACAGUUUUUUGUUUUGUUUUGCGUUUUGUCCCUACGUUCAAGAGUGCAAUGGUGCAUAACUAUCGUUUUAAUCGAGCUGUACGAGCACUGAGUUCCGAUCUGAUGAUGGUGGUAUUGGUAUUGAAGCGUGGUGCAACACUCCACCGUCGAAUGAAGGGACAUUUGCAAAAUCCACAAUCUGUUUCCUGGCGACCAGUUGAGACGAGUUUGGCUCUAAAGCAGUUCGCACUCAUCAAACGAUUUUUUUUCCACCCCGGUUCUGUGCUUUUCCUGCAACGGGCAAAGAGAAAGUUUAUAUCUUUGAUGUUUCAAGAGUGUAGCGAACAGAACCAUUUGGAUGGGUUUCAAAAACUAGGGGAAAUUUAAUAAACAGCUUCAAUGCACACAAAGCACGCAAGUGACAGGUUGGAUGUUUUAGAAUGCUUUACAGCGAUGAUGAGUGCCGUAGUGUAUCUAGUGAAGCUAUACAUUUAAAAAUAAAGUUCUAACUGUAGAAAUUGCCUCUAUCUGUGAAAGUUUAUUAAGCAAAUAGUUCAUAAAUGGACGUGAAUAUUGCGAACAAUUCCAGUGAAAUAGUUAAAAGCCCUUCCCGUAUCUUUAAAUUCAGGACAAACAGAAAUAGGCGAGAAAAUAACGUGGUAAAAGUAGAAAGUGCUGCUAAAAUUCCAUUAGGCUAGUUUUAUAUUUUGCAUAUGCGUGUAUGUGCGUGUGUGUAUGUGUGUUUCAAUUCUGGAUAGGGUUUUCGGAAAAGCUUAUCGAUGGAAAAGUGUGGCCCAUAUUUCAUUCCCAUUUGCUGUCCACACGAGCGAAUGUGCAAGAGAUUUUCACAUUGCUUUUUUUCACCCACUUCUCGUUAAAGGCCUCCAAAAAAUAUACACUGUGCGUGUGUUUGUGUGUGGGACCGUCGGUACACUACACAGCAAGCACAGUGUUGUGCUACCAUUACCUAUCGAGGGCUUCACAUCAGCCCCAUAAAAACAAACUACCCACAAAAUUGCGAACCACCUCACACCUAGCACGGCACGUGCAAACCCCCUUGUGAGGGAAACAAAACAAAAAAAAAGGUUGGUUUGAGGUUGAUUUUGAUAUUUCCCAGCGGUAAGCUCCCACAAAAUGUGGCCAAUUUGCAGCCCGUGGUCCGUGGGCGGCUGGGUCCCGAGAACCGUAUCUAUUGCGGGGUAUCCUUGCCACGAAUGCAGGUCAAACCGGAACGGAACAUGCUGGAGGCGUAGGCAUCAAAACAUAUUGCACUACUCCACUACUGGACGCUCCAUGCGUGAAUGUGUGUAUGUGUGUGUGUGUGUGUGUGUAGGUGCCCUCCGGCAUUGGUGUCUGCGGUAUUGUCAGCCUAUGUGUACGCGUGUCCAAGUUGGGAUUUUUUUCUCCAUGUUUUUUUUGUGCAAUGUAUGAAGCACAGUUUGUAUCCUCUGUUUUUUGUUGUGGGAGAUGGAAGAUUUUCCGCGCUUCAUUAAAGUUUCACUCCAUUAAAUGCGUUUAUCACUCAGCAGAAGGCGAAAAGCUGACAGUGGUUGGCCAAAGUGACAAAUAAAAAAUAAACCCACUGGAGGAUAUCACGCACAGUUGAUAUUAGGGUGGCAUUUUCCACGCCCCCACCAUUUUGGCCGACUGACCCGAAGCUGUCAGCUAGUUGUUUUUUCAAUUUGUUUUAUUUUGUGUUGUUGUUGCGGAACUUCUAAAAAGCUCUUUUUCUUUUUGCUAAAAACAAUUUAACCGAUAAAUUGAACGAGAGAAAGACGCAUGGUGGUAGGUGGUUCUAAAAUGACGCAAACUUGACUGUCUUUUAUUGGUGUUGGUGCAACCACCAUUUUGAGUAGGUAUCUGAUUUUUGCAGAUUAAACCCCAUUCUGUCAGAUUGUUGGAGGUUUCCAUUUUUUUUCCCACACUUCUGUGGAGUACUGAGAAGUUACGAAAGCAACACGGUAACACGGUUAAAAAACAUCAAUAUUACCAUGCUGCCUGACCUUCCGAAUUCUCCACAGGGUGCGUCUUUUAUGUGCUACUCACAGCUUACCCCCACUGGUUUGUGUUUGGCAGAGACGAAGGUCCGCUUGCAAUCAACGUAAAAGUUAUAUGUUGGUCCUUCCGUUUGCGUGCUAUUAGUAUAAGCGGCCACAUUUCAUAUGCUGCUGGUGCUGCUCGGAUGGAUCACUAGCGUCGAUCUCGGUGCUCAGUAUAAUGAGCGCGUGGCGAGAGUUGCGUAGUUAAUCUCCCGAAAACCGAAAGGACCUUAAAAUGAUGAAACGAAAGAAGGAAGUGAUGGGGAGGUUUGAAGCCGUAUCAUAACACGGGGCAGUAGGGUGGAAUAUUAUUUUUAAUGCGUCCACUAAGGGCAGACCAUUCAGGUCGCUGGUUCUGGGUUGGAAGUAACCUUGAAACGCUUCGUUCAUGCGACCUCCCAAAAACAACCAAAUCUAAACGUUCUCAGGAAAGGUUAUUGCUUGCCCGCAGGGGGUUUCUUCCACCGUAAAGGAAGGUCCGAUGCUUAGAGUGGCGGCCGGACGCAUUUGUUCACUCCCGUACGUUCUAUUAAUUAACUUUCACCGUAAUGGUAAUGGCCUUUCGUGUAGGACGUGUUUUAUUUUUAUGCUAUCGACCACGAGGUUAAGCCUCGUGCCCAUGCUGUCUAGCUAGAUUUUUCUGUCGGUCCGAAAUUUUGCCCAGAAAUUUGUACCCAAAAUGGGAAGGGAAAAUUGUUCGUAAUCCGUUCGUCAUCGUUUUGUCUACGUUUUACACCUUCCGAUAGCAAGGAGAAGCAAAAGUGUUUGUGUGCAGCGUGCUUUUAUACAUGUAUUUGUAUGGAUGUGUGUAGCAGUGAGGGUGUGAUAAUAUAAUCACUAGAGCCAUAACCGUGCGCUGCGCCAACGUGUGUAUGUGUGCGUGUGUGUGGAAAAGCGUUCCGCAGGUUUUUGCCGUAGAAUGUGCACGCAUCGAGUGAAAAAGCAUCGCGAAAAAUGAGAUCCAAAUGUAACGUCCACCGGCGGCAGCGGUUAGCAGCAUCGACGGCAAAGGACCAGGCUGGGUGGGAUACAGUUGGUGAGGAGAAUGGACGCACAGGUAGGCGUCCCGCAAGGACAAGAGUUGCCGGUCCACGACGGAUGUCGCUCGGUGCGGCAAUGCUGCUGGUCAUAGUGUUAGGUCCAGCCCUAGAUGUACGCCAACGGCCGAGUACGAGCGUUAGUGGGAGCGAAUUUCCCGAGCGUGAAUGCUGCGAUCCAGUUUAUCCACCGAUGCCCGACCCGGAACCGGUCCCGGGUCCGGCCUACCCAACGACGACGAUUUCCACCUCCUCCUCAUUCCAGACCGGCCAGAGCGGGAUGGGGGGCGGUGGGUUGCUAGGUGGUGGUGGCGGAAUCGGAGGUGCCGGGGGAGGAUCCACGGCGGUAGGGAACGAGCUGGGCGGUGGCCUGAUCGGAACGGGUUCCGGUAGUCAACUGUCAUCCUCGCGACCGAUGCAUAUCGGCUACUCCGGAUCGAAUAUUAAGACUGCAAUAGCUAUUUUAAAUUGUAUAUUAGCACGACAGCUGUGCUUCGAGGACCCGUCAUGUUCAGCCAUCCUGGAGAUUAUACCGCGCGUCUGUGGGCCAGUACCAGUUGCCUGCAGCACGGUUACCGUAACGAAAUGUCAGGCCGCCCUCCGGACGCUGCAGGCGUUUCCAUUUUUCCGGCCCACCUGUCUGUGCAAGGAACCGGGCAUGGAUCCGGACUGUAAUUAUUUUCGGGACUUCCUGUUCGAUCAUCCUUGCGGUUUCGUCUCGAAAAAAGAAAAAGAUCCUUACCCGGUGGAUGCAUUACCGACGUGCAAUCAUGCACUAUCCGUGUGCCAGCAGGAGCGAAAGUGUAUAAAAUUAUUUGAAGAUUUUAAGCUACACUGUAAAGUGCGGGAAAAUAAAUGCCGCAUGGAAGAUAGGGAUUUGUGCUACGAAGCGUGGACUAAUCUGCGAUUAUCGCCGAUGUUCGGCUGCAUCUGCCCGAAUAAUCACAUGAAGCGCAGAUGUGAUAAAAUAUUUAGCGUUGUUAACCAUAAUCCUUGCGUCGUGCGGGCAAUGGGUGUGGACGAUAAUUAUCACCGUCUGCUGGACCAGAAUAUGGCCCUGAUCGAGACGCCGCUGGUUGCGCCACCGCAUGCCUACUAUCCGCAGCACUACAAGACGGCACUCUAUCCGUACAACGUUAGCGGCUACCAUCAUCUGCAUCAGCACGGUACCGGCGGCCACUUUGGCAACCAUCAACACCAGCAUCCGCAUUCGUACGGUGGGUUCGAGUACGAAUACGCAACCGGUGGUGGUGUUGGUGGUGGCAUCGGUGGCCCCGGUACCGGUGGCUACCUGGCCGCAUCGGCCGGGUCCGCUCCGGUCGACAAUAUUCUGAUCAGUUUGAACGGUGGCAAUGGAGAUGCGGCCAUCGAGCUUGACGGUUCGAGCUACGAGCACACAAUGGACAAACAAUUCGGAUCGGACGAUAUCGAAGAGAAGGAGGCGGAAAUGAGUUUUAUUCACUUCCAAAGUACCUGCCACCUGGCGCUGGACUCCUGUCGCGAUGAUCAGGUAUGCUCGUCCGCGCUGAAGACGGUCCUGAUGCACUGCGAUCAGCAUCGGUGCAAUCGAAAUGCGUGCAUGGAGUCACUGCAAAGCUUUUACAAAAGCAUUCACGACGAUCUUAGCCUGGACAUUGCGUUCUGUCUGUGCAGAAAAACGCCCAACCGGCACGACAGCUGCAUGAUUGCGCAAGAGAAGCUGCAUCCGGUGUGUGCCCAGCGGCCACCGGAAAGCCUCAGCCAGCAGUCUUCAUCGACCGGCAAUGGUAUCGCGUACAAUGCGCCGCCAGCGUGCCACGCGGUCGCGGAGCUAUGCCGUGAGGAUGAAGACUGCCGCGCCCGGCUGGAGGUGUUCGAGCAGUCCUGUGCGGUGGACAGUGUGACCAAGAAGUGUGCCGGAAAGACGAGCGCUUGCAGGCAGGCUAUGCUUGGCAUUCUGGGCACACCGCUCAGGACGACCUGCGCCUGCCAGGGCUCGGACAUGCAGCAACUGUACGACUGUCUAGGCUGGCAGCGAUUGCUCUGGCUUAAUCCUUGUGUCGUUGAGUCGCAAAAAGAUUUUCAUCUGAAACGACUGGCAGAACUGGGACUGCUAACGACAACGACCACUAUGGCAACAACUACCACAACCAUCGCUACAACCACCACUCUGAGAACUACGCGUGUCACACAGCCUCCAACACCGCCUCCAACAAAGCCGAAACCCGUGUAUCGACCAAAACCGACCGAAAUGCAUACAGUCGAAUCGAACUACGUCGAAACACCCGACACACGACCGGAAACGCUUGUGCAUAAUCAAAACGGUGUAAUUGAACGUUCCGAUAUCGAUCGUGGCCACCAACAUCCACAGCCUGACGAGUACGAUCGAUCAACCGGCACUCGGCAUCAGUCGGUCGAUUCGGACAGUGAGGAUGACAUGACGGGGCAGUAUGGGAAGGAAAUUUAUCAAAGACCCGACGAGCAGGUACUCCACGUGGCCAGCACGGAAGUGCAGGAGGUGGAGACACUUCCACCGACAACUAUUACAACAACCACGACUGAACCGACGACAACACCCGUUCCAAUUCGGUACUGUGUGGUGCAGAGAUCUCACCAACCAGAUCAGCUGAUUGCAGAAGGGAAGAGUCGUCGGCUCUACAUCUUGGACGAUGCUGAAUGUAGCGAACUGUGCACGUGUGGUGGUGGCGACUCACUCGCACUUACCUGUCAUGCACUGUGCGUUCCGUUGGCUCCUUGCCGGACUGCCCUUGCGUACUACAGCCAUGCCGCCCCGGCAUACCAAGCGUUCCGUGGACGUUGCCUCUGCUACUCGGGACGAUUCAUUUGCAUGAGGCCACCACCGGGAGAGUAUCAACUACCUGGUGGUAUCUUUCUUUUACUAGGAUAUAGUUCUACCGACGAAGCACUGUUAAGACCGCACACUAACUUAGGAGUACAGGACGCCGUACGUGCCCUACAGCAAUACGUCCUGCAGCAUAUUGAUAACUCGACACUCUGUACAUUGACACUGUUCAACAUCACGGAAGAAAAUAUCAUUCUUUCGAUCAGGUUACCGCUCGAUCCAAAGCUCACACCGAUGCAGUUGUUAAAGCUGGAAAAGGACCAGUGCACCAGAAUACUGGAAGCGAUCAGUCACCAGAUCAACACACAGUACGUUGAACUGUCCGCUCAUCGAUUGCUCAGCAUCUUUAAGAUGGCCGAGGUACAGAUCGUAUGGCCCGAGGUCAGUUAUGCCCGACGGCAUACGACCCCAUCGCUGGCGAUCAGCCUGAUCACGGGAGUGGCAACGGUGCUGCUAACACUCUGCGGCACACUAGUGCCACCGUUUGUCCGGUGGACGCAACAUCAUCAACGAUGGCCAGCAGCACCACGAUUGGUUACGUGACGAUCGACAAUACCGACGUAAAGUGGUUUACAAGCUUCGAGACACGCACAAACAUCUCAUUUCCAUGUCACCGUCAUCCUGCAGGGCAGAUCAGCACAAUAGUGCUAUGUUUUUAUGCCGACGGACACUACACACGAGAAACACACGCGAGAGGAACUAGUAUGACUGUUUAAGUGUAAUAUAGUAGAGUACUUUCCUUUUAGUCCUUUCGCUGCAUUGCGAUUGCAGUCGUUCCAGGGUUCCGUUUCAGUCCCAUCGCUCAAGUGAUCAGUUGCGGUGAUGCAUUUACACAAAACCGGAAGUGGCAUUAGGCAAAUGCACAUCAUCAUAUACUCGCCGCCCCCCCUUUUAAAACCAAUACCAUUCCAACAUGCUCCCGAUGGUGCUAAUACUCACUCAUUGCUUUUACUAUGGCUUUUAUUACUAACUACUAUAACUACUACCACUAUUACUAUUGCUACUACCGUUAACAAGUACACUUUAACCGUACCGUACAGCUACUCAUCAUUACCGAAAAUUGACAUCCUGUUGUUAUCGUUUCUCUGUUCUCGUUACCCCGAUCCAAAGAAAAAAAAAUCUUCAACGUUAUCUACUACUUCACUCAUCACGAACCUGAACUGAAUGACGAUCGUGCUGGACUGUUGAUCUCUUUGCUCAGGAUCAGGCUGAUCAAGCGGGCUAAACGUGUGCGCGUUGCGCUGUGAGCUUGUCAUACAAACUCCUGCCAGUGCGUGAAAGAAAAGACAUGUGUGGUGGUGAUGGUGUGGUAUGAAACGAGUGAACGAGUUCAAAUGUGGUGAUUGGUGCGUGUGCACGUGUACAUAAGUAAAGCAGAACGAAUGGCUGAAUGGAUGAGCUUAAAGUGCUUUUGUUUUUAUUGCUUUCUCUUUGUGUUCGGUGAGCAGAAACAAGCGAUGCAUUAGGGACGGAAGAAAACGUUAGCACUGUGUCGAUCGUCGUUAGCUUUUGCAUCUGAUUGUGUGUGCGUGUGUAUUUGUGCUUGAUUGUAUGAAUAUGUUUCGUGUCCCGAGAGAGGCAGUGGCGUGAAUCCGAUGUGUGGGAAAAAACUGCAAAAAAGCUUUGAAUAUACAGCAUUCGUUACCAAGGAUCGGCAUUAAAACUAAAGCUUGCAGACAAAGCUUCAAACCCGUUUGGUAUGUGAAUGUAUUGAUGGUUGCACAAUGAUUUGUUUGUUUAAACAUUAAGUUUUUCUCAGUUCAGCGCAUCAAUUUAUUUAAUCAUAUCUUAAAAUCCGGUCCUUUUUCCAUUCUUUUAUUUUUGUAAGAUUCUUCAAAUUUAAUUUUUUUUUUUGCUCGGUUAGAACGGCCUGGCCGUAUCAAGACUUAUUUUACCACGUAGCAGGAUAGUCAGUCCUUGCUGCGGGGGGACGGUCCGGAUGGGAUUUGAACCCGGUCCCUGCCGUGUGGACGGGUGCCGUUUUUAACAUGCACCACCGGGCCGGCCAUCUUCAAAUUUAAUACUUCAUGCUGAUUAUACUUUUUCUGUAAAAUAUAUCAAAUAAUGUUUGCAGUAAUAUUUCGUUCACCAUUUUGUUUUUUAUUAAAAGCAUCAAGUAUAUCAUUUCUCUUCAGUGUCCUCAUUUUAAGCAAUGCAAAUAUUCAAUAUUUUAUCUCAAAAUUCAUUGAACUAUUUUUUUAAUUAAAAAACUGCUUAAAAUCAUUUGAAAACAAUAAAUUACUUCGCAGUCAAUUCAGUUGGAAUUUCAGUAUUUCAGUUUUAUUUUGAAUCUAUGAACAUCUUAAUCUUGUAAUGUGUUGGGUUUUGUAAAGCCUAUCGGCUAUCGAAUUAUUCACAGUUGACUAUUGACUUCUACACAUGAUGUCUAAUUCAGAUGAUCCAGUUCACCAGUGUAUUUGAGUAUUCACACCACCAAUUUUGUUAAUUUUCCUUUUUGAAUACUCAGCCAAGUAUAAGAAGCUAUUCUUACUUAAACAUUUUUAACACUAUUUUAUAAACAACAAUUUUAGUCUAAAUAAUGGACUGACGAAUUCACCUACAAAAAAACUAUUCUUUAGUUCUGAUUGUAAUCCCAUUUGCAAAAAAGAAUUAGUGAUUGUUGUAAAAAAACAACAACUUUCGAUCCCAAGCAACCCAAUGCAAAUGCUUGUCCAAAUUUAGAAGCAUAGAAUUGUCCUUUUGCAAUACGACGCGAAACCAGCAACAUAAAGCAUGCAGCAAAUCGCUUUGCAUUCAUCGAAUCAUUUCCCCGUCGAGCUUAAAACUCAUGCCACCGGAAUGAGCGAUAGUGAAGCAUUUCCCAGCACACCAAACACUCUUGGCCGGAGCGCGUAGCGUGUCAGGUCUGGUGGGACUCAUCAGUUGCACUACGCCAUUUAUUGUCAUCCCUGGGUUCGGCACGUCCGUUCCAGGGGUUUUGUGAGCUUUUCGGGGUGCCAUUUUUUUUGGUUUUGCUCCCUUAGAAACUGUUUUUUUGUUUCGAUGAAAUUCGUGUGGUGGUUGCAUUUUGUUUCAAAACCCCGUUUGGUGUACCUCGUGAAUGGAUGGGUCCAUAUCAUCACCACGCUUCUCUGAUUUCGACAACGCUCUAAUGCAAAGAUGAAACGAAGGCACAGCCCAACUAAAACAACAGCCCACCGACCCAACAGACCGAACUAUCAGUGCCAGCGUGUGCACGUAACUUAUGUGGUUGAACGUACGAAAUGCCCAGUGAAUGUGAACAGUGGAGAGUGCAAACAAAAAAAAAUCCUUUUAUGCUUUCUCUAUCCUAUCAAGUUCUAACCUUUUACCACACUGCUCGGCAAACAGUGGCUCGGAAACGAGCGAAACGGGAAAAUAAAUCACCCAAACUCGCCAGAAAGAAUCGAUAAUUUGAGAAUUGGACAUCCGUUGAUAAUGGCCAUUAUUCAUACGCCCGGUGCCGAACCAGCUUCCCGUACACGUACUGUUACAACAUGGAACGCUAGUGUGCAACAUGUUUGAGAUAGGAUUUUAGGAUGUACGUACAUGUGCUAAACUCCCCCAAACACACGUGUGUUUGUUGCCUUUUUCUGCACUCCGUUCAAACACCUAAGAGCUUUUCCUCCCUAUAACGCCUAGUAGCCGCAGCUACUAGCUUCAAAACAUUUUAACUACAAAAAAUGAACGUUUCCAAUAUUCCUGCUCUUCGAUUCCAUCCAACCGAUGAAUAUGGAGCUCGUUUUGCACUUCGACAACGCGUUUAUUCCUUGACCCCAAAACACUACCAAAUGCCCUCUCCUCUCAUUACCCUUUCUCAGCCUUAGGUGGCCACCCACAUCGGAGGAGGUUAAAAAGUGCUUCCAAACCGGAUUUUAUAGCCCCUUGUUCAACACGCUGUCUGGGCUGGGCUGUUGGGUUAUUGGAUUUUUGUUUUACCUCUCAUUCGAAUCGAUGUGUGAUUGGAUUCAAGAGGCUAUCAAUGUUACACAGUUUGAAAGGUAACGACCUCCCGGGAAAGCUUGUUCAAUGCACCGUGACAGAGACGGACCGAUAUGGUGUCUGUAACCGAUACCCUGACAUUUAACUCGUUGAUUUUGUUUUUUUCCCCUCUUGGAUCGUCGGUCUACGCCUUUAAAGAUGUAUAACAAGAUCAACCCCGCUCGUGGAUGACCUUUUGGUGCUUAAGAAUCGUUUCGAAAAGGGCGAAUUGAAUUGUAACGCAUGCCAGCCGAUGCGACCGUGGUGUCAUUUUUUGGACCAUGAAUUUUGUAACGAUCCCUUCGAGGAGUCGUUAAUAAUACAGCAGGAAAGAAUUAUUGUCCGCUUUUAGUAAUGUAACAUAUUUUUCAAACGUCUGAUGGAUUUUCAAACAUGUGGAAUACAGACCUACGCGGAAGGCAACAAAUAAUGAAACAUAUUUGAUACAAUUGUAUACUUUGUUUCUGUUCCUAUUCUCGUUUUUCUUUUCUCAAAUUUACGAUACAAAAAUUUUAAACAUUGAUCAUCGUGCAACUGUUGAAACAUUUUCAGUAGAAAAAUUACUCAGAACUGAUUUGAAGCAUUUAGAUUGAUUUUUAACAAAAAGGUGAACAAGAAAUGAACCAAAUGCAAUGUUUACACAUAUCGUUAGCGAAGCCGCGGGAUUGAUAGAAUCCAAGUUAGGAUGUAUAGCAUAAAGGUGUACUGUUAGACCCGUUUUUAGAAGUAGUGACAAUAUAGUGUCAAACCAGUGUGUUUUAGGUAGAUGGUAAGGUAGCGAAACAAUAAGUGACUAUUAGUUUUUCUUUCCUUAUUUCUUCUAAUGCAUUUGAGCAAAUUUUUUUCCAAUAAAUCAAUUAUUUGGAGUUUUGUUUUGUUUUGUUUCCCUUCCAUCAUAAAAUGUGGCUAAACGCUUCCCGGUAGUCAUUCAUGUGCUUUGACUGUGAGUGCGUGUGCAUGAACGUAUGAACAAGUAUGUGAAGGUAUGUGCUCGUGAUCCGAAGAAUGCCCGUAAUUAUCUGGUACAAUACUGCAAACUAGCAGAACAAUGAUGGGCAUGGAGUAAAAUAGAAUUAUAUAAUAAAAACAUUAAAAAAAACACAACAAAAGCUAUAAAAAUUUCGAGUAAGUAUUGGCAGUGCGGAAUAAAAACAAAACCGUAUGGUAUCACGUAUCAUACGGUUUUAAAAAAAUAUGUCUUCCUUAACAAAACAAGAAAUCGAUACACAUCAACACUUUGACACGAGCAUACAAUCCACCCGUUUUGGAGGGAAACCGGUGCACACCUACACACGCACAUGAAAAAAACACGGACGAAACGACUGCAAGUUAGACAUCAAGAGCACUCGACACAUUCGACAACAUAAAAUCAGUCACACAUUCACUACAAACAAACAUGAAAAAAAAACACACAAAACACUAGAAAAAAUGAAUUGACUCAUUAAUGCAAGUACACUAAGAAAAAUGAUCGCCGCUUUAUUGUAAAACUGCAGUUUGUAAAACUAUGUGACGUUACACUAUAGAUUUUAAACGUUAUGAAAUGUGCAUAGUAGUUGAAGGGAUGCAGGUCACUAGUGGUGCAUGGCUAGAUGGGAUGGUUUAGGGGAAUAAUUACCCACGAAACAGCGAUUAGCGAUCAUCAGCAAAAAGUGACGGAAUGGGUUUGCACAGUAGUGCUAACUAGUGUCGGUAUAAAGUCGACUCGAUGCUCUCAGCUCUAUCUGUUAGCCAAGAGCAUACCAGAUUAGCAAAAUUAAACAAAUUCAUAAACAAAAUAGUGCAUCUACAUUCGUGACCGUGGUGUGGCAAACAAACAAUAAUGUACGGUGAAUUAUCAUCCUAGUUGACAAAUGGUAGCAAUAAAAGAGAACAGUCUCCUGAAAAAAAACCUGCGACGGGCCCCCCCAAUAGUACCCAGUCUUACAGGUUUGAUGGGACGUCAAAUCGUGGAAAAACCGUGUGGAAAAUGCUAAGCAGUGACGUUUACCGCACCAUUACCGUGAUGCGUAUAAUGUUGUGUGUACAUAAUAUACAUAAUAUACAUGAAGAUAUACAUAUUGAAAAUUAUCAAUAUACAUUAUAUACAUACACCACAUAACCAACCUACGAUGAUGCGGUGCUCCAAGGAACGUUAGGUUCACAGUGGAAGACGUGACGGAAAUGGGAAAGAGAAACAAAGCAACAACAAACAAACAAACAAAAAACCCGAAGAUAUAUGCGUGUAUGUUCUUUUGACAUUUUAGACACUUUGGAAGCUUACGUUUUUUGGGUGAACAAUUUUAGGUUAAGCCGUUGGAUUUCCAGAUUCGCCAGAUCUAUAUCUGGUUCAGAUAGGGAGCAUAACGAAACGUGUGAAGUAGAGAGUAAAAAAAACCAAAGCGAGAUGUAAUUUGUUCAAAUAUAGCAAAACAAAAAAACAAUGAGAAAAACUUAAACACAUACACAUAUCAUAUAAUUCAUCAAAAAUCAAACACAUUGUUUUACACUACCAUACACUUUUACUAGAAGAACUGCAGUGAUUUGAACGAUCACCAACCACCAACAACCGAUCACACACACACACACUCACCAAACGCAAACACCUAGAAUCGAAGCACCAUUAUUGAUUAUGACACAUACACACACACCAACACACACGUUCUACUACAAAAUACAAAAGUUCACAAAUCGUAUCCUCGAUGGCCUCUACAAACGGGUUGCACGAUCAGCCAAAUGUCAAUAGUGGGCAUCAGUUUUACAUACGAAUAUCGUCACACGCAUGAUCACGAUCCUCAAUUUCGUCCAAAUUUGUUGGUAAACCCAAUGUUGGUGGUAAACCGUUGUUACUGUUUUCUGUGCAUGUUUAAAUAUCUGAACCAAUCCCAACCGGCUGUUUCUACUACCCCCAACCAACGGACGGUACACGCUUUAUGGAGCUUGUUUUGGUUGAACUGUAGCAAAUUUUAAAUAGCAAAAUGAAGAUAUCAUUGUUAGAAGAUCGGUCAAUAAUAGUGUAGAAGGAAAACGGAAGCACAAAGACAAAGAUGGAGUAAAAACAUCAAUCAGGCCAAAAUGUGAUUUAAAUUUUUUUUUUAAUCCAGAACACAUUCCAACAUAAAAUGUUUCAAGCCCUUCACAACAAACCACGCUGCGCUUUAAAAAACCAACCUUCAAAACCUUACACUGCACGUGAAGGACAUUCCGGACAAAAUUGCAUUUCACAAAACAGGAAUAAGAUAAGAAAAAACGGGCGACUACCACUGGGAAAGAAUGAUAAAAAACGACAAUGUGUACAAGGUUUCCUACAAGGUAGAAUAUUACUAUCAAGAUCGUUUUUGUUUUGUUUUUAAAAUAAAACAAGCACAAUGUUUCGUACCGACUUCAUUCCAAGAAACAUUCACCGGUUUAACCAUUAAUUCAUUCCAUCCGCGCAUCAAAGUACGAUAAGUGCAUCAACAAACAUACUCAAUCAUGAAAGCAAAACAUCCCAAAAGAAGAAUACACAUUAUAUCGCAUCCAAACAUGAAAAGAAAACCAAAUAGAAAUAUGUUAGCAUAACAAGUGUAAAGCUGAAUAUUACAACCGGAAGCAAAAGAAACAUAAACAAAACCGAUUCAAAAAAAAAACAUCAGCUCAUUGUUCGAAUAGGUACGCGGGGAACGAGGCAACGAAAUAUAGGUGGGGAGAGAAAGUACAUACCAAAAACCCAAAUCCCAUGUAAGCUCGUGUGUGUGUAUGUGGGCAGAGAAGAAUGAAGAGCAGAAAAUAAAACAAUCUGAAGAUGAAACUAUACCGAA